AUGUCACCCGGCUUAAUCAAUAGCUGCCAGAAGACAGUCUCCCCGUCUUUCUCUCGCUUCUACUGGAAGUGUUUCCGUAUCGGCGGGGACAUCCUACAAGCGCUUGCUAUCAGACUGGGGCUAGGCGAGAACCGUUUGCCCGAGACACACCCGGGCCAUAACAAUCAACUGCGCCUACUACAUUACCCGUCUAAACCGGGAGAAGCAAUUGACGCAGGACGUGCAGCCAUGUGUUGGAGGUGCUCCUAG